UCAGUGUUGGAGUGAACAUGUCGGUGAACAUGGACGAACUGCGCCACCAGGUCAUGAUUAACCAGUUUGUUUUGACCGCGGGCUGCGCCGCAGAUCAGGCCAAGCAGCUGCUCCAGGCGGCGCACUGGCAGUUCGAGACGGCUUUAAGUUCCUUCUUCCAGGAGGUGAACAUUCCCACUCACCACCACCAGAUGAUGUGUACUCCGAGAAACACGCCCGCCACGCCUCCUAACUUCCCCGACGCCAUCACAAUGUUUUCCAAACUCCGGGCGUCGGAGUGCAGUUCCAGCGCCGGCAGUGGCCCCGCCCAGGCGUCCACGGCCUGCUCCCCCCCAGUCCCUUCAUCCACGUCAGGUUUUGGUUCAUUCUGGGCUUCCUCACCACCUGGCAAUCAGUCAGUCUGGAUGCCGCCGCCGCCGCCACCUUCUGGCCACCACAUGCAUCACCACCACUACCACAUGCAGCAGACUCCCAUCAUGUGGCCGCCUGUCUCUCAGCCCGGCGGCCCCCAGCAGUCCCCCGUCGUGUCCGCGCUCCACAGUCAGAGAUGAGACUGGUGCAUGGGCGGGUGGCGAGGGGCGGAGCCAGGCAGCGGGUUCAAGUGGAGCGAAUGAGUUAUGGAUUCAGAAGGACAAAGUGGUGGUGGGUCAUCAUGGUGUGGGAGGAGUUUCACGUGUGGAACAAGAGGAAGAGACAAGGACACUGCGGUCAGAAGACGAGCACGUGGACAGACCUUUGAACCUUGAGGGGACGGACUCGGGUCCAGAGCACUGAAUGAGGUGCUUACAGAGUCUGAGUUUAUGCGUGGAGGACAAAAUCGCCUGAUUCCGCCUCUGUAGGUGGCGCUGUAUCUCUCCAUAAACUAGUGUUUAUUGAAUCAGUUUAUGUGACAGAAAAACAAACAGUGGACAGUGAGAUUAAGAGACAUUAAGAAAAGUGAAUUAUUGUCUUAAAGUCUGUCUAAAAUUGGACUUUGAACAUGAAUGUAAACACUGAGUGUCGCAGAAAUAAAGCGGAGGUGCAUCAUGGGAUCCAUGUUGCCAAGUGCGACUGACGUGGUAUUCGAGUCUACUGAUACUGACUUUACUGUAAAUGUUACGAUGUGAACGCACCUGUGAGCGCUCUGAAAACAUACAGUGGUGUUACACGAGACCAUUCAGGUUGUCUGGGCACGUGUGUGUGUACGAGUUUGUUUUUCUUUCUUGUCCACGACAGACUAGUCGUGGACAAUAAUAAAACCAAUCAGGAAAUUGUAUCGUUGUUUUCUAUGGUUUAAAAAAUGCAGAAAAAAAGUUUUUCAGUUUAGUGUGGAUGGCAGGCAAACCUUUUUUUUUAAAGAAAACAUUUUCAGUUUAGUGUGGAUGGCAGGCAAACCUUUUUUUUUAAAGAAAACAUUUUCAGUUUAGUGUGGACGGCAGGCAAACCUUUUUUUUAAAGAAAACAUUUUCAGUUUAGUGUGGAUGGCAGGCAAACCUUUUUCAAAGAAAACAUUUUCAGUUUAGUGUGGAUGGCAGGCAAACCUUUUUCAAGGAAAACAUUUUCAGUUUAGUGUGGAUGGCAGGCAAACCUUUUUCAAAGAAAACAUUUUCAGUUUAGUGUGGAUGGCAGGCAAACCUUUUUCAAGGAAAACAUUUUCAGUUUAGUGUGGAUGACAGGCAAACCUUUUCUUUAAAGAAAACAUUUUCAGUUUAGUGUGGACGGCAGGCAAACCUUUUUUAAAAGAAAACAUUUUCAGUUUAGUGUGGACGGCAGGCAAACCUUUUUUGAAAACAAAAGGUAGUGUGGAUGUGUCGGCAGGUGUUUUCAGUCAGAGAGAGGCAGAGCUCUUUUUUUUUUUUACAGAAAUAUGUUGCUUUUUAAAGAUUCACAGAUUUAUGGUCUGAAUGUCAUGGGCAGAUAAAAGACACUGAUGUUUAUCCGAGCUUAAAUUAAAGGUUAUUGCAUACA